CGGAGUUACUCGCUGGGAACUGCCCAUGGCCCAGUGGCGCCCGGCUGCGGAGCCCGCAGGACGCGCUCCCAAGCGGUGGGAAUCGCCGCCCGGCUCCAUCGGCGUGACUCGGGCAGCGCGCCGCGCCCUGCGGCCCCGGGGGAGGGGAUCUGGGCGGAUAUAAGGGCCGGAGAGAUGGGGCCGGGGAGGACAAGCGCCGGCUCGCUCUGCAGAUCGGCUGCCCUGCGGCAGGCGCGCCUCGGCCCCGGCCCGCGUCCCCGUCCCUGCAGGCGAUGAGCUCGCCCGCCAGCCUCCGGAGCUGCUUAGCUCUGGGCUCGCUGCUGCUUCUGCUGGGACAGGGCCCGGGCGCCCGCCAGGCGCGAGCAGCCCCAAAUCAAGAGGUCUGCCUGCUGCCCCCGGAGGAAGGCCCCUGCCGGGCUCUCAUCCCCAGAUGGUACUACGACAGGUACACUCAGACAUGCCAGGAGUUCAGUUACGGGGGCUGCCAGGGCAAUGCCAACAACUUCAGAAGCUUGGAACGCUGUGAGAAAAGCUGCUGGAUGAUCCGGAAUGUGCCCAAAAUAUGCAGGUUGGAGGCUGCUCCAGGACCUUGUAGAGGUUAUCUAAAAAGAUAUUUCUUCAACCUGAGUUCAAUGAAGUGUGAGAAAUUUAUCUAUGGUGGAUGCUAUGGAAAUGAUAACAACUUCAGAGAUGAAGAUUCUUGUGUGGACUACUGUUUGCCUGAGAAAACUGGCCCCUUAUUAUGCUAUAGCCCAAAAGAUGAAGGAUUGUGUUCAUCUUCUGUGACCCGUUAUUACUACAACUCAAAAAGCCAAUCAUGUGAAGAGUUCAGCUAUACAGGUUGUGGUGGAAAUGCCAAUAACUUUGUUAGCAAAAAAGAUUGUUAUAGUAUCUGCAAGAAAGCAGGGAGUAAGAAACCAAAUAUCAAGAAGCCAAGAAAUAAACUUCCCAAGACUACAAGAAAACUAGAGAAAAAAUCUAAUCAAUCUAACUUAAUGUUUUAAAUCUGAAGAGCCCAUCAGUUCUGUCUGAGAACUACUCUUUUUGAACAUUUUUUUUACAUUAGAAGCAGCUAUUAUUUGUAAUGUGAAUUGACUUGUUUGGAUCUCUGCAACACUGUUUUUGCUUAAAAUAACAAAUAUUUCAAUUUCCAUGUUUUUCCUGAGAAAUAUUGCUACUGUUUUUGGGAAAUGAUUUAACUGUCACAAUCCUGUGAAGCUUGAAGUACCCUUCAUCUGUUUGUUUAACUAAGGUGUACAUCAGGCUAGAGCCCUACGCUUAAUUUUUUUAGCAUUAUUUGUUUACUAAACUGAACAUCAGCAGAGCCUUCCAAGACUGUAUACAAAUAUCUAUAAUACUUCUCUUGCAUAUCCUUUUGUCAUUAUUAUUGCCAGUCUAUCCCUUAAAGGGAGCCAUGUUUAAAUAGAAGAAUCAAAAUAGUGGUAAUUAUAUUAAUGUGGCAAAGGAGAUUAGAGCCUGGUUCAAUUAAAAAAAAAAUCCAACUUCUGUGAAAGAAAACCUUGAUUUUUUUCAAGUCUUUCCUAGCUUUGGUAAUAUGCAAAAUAAUAUAAGCUCAAACCUGGGUCUUCCUGCAAAAGGAAAUUGGGCAUGGGGUCUCUUGGACAACUUCUUGUUUUAACAGAAGGCAAUUAAUAAACUACAUAAGUAUUUGAAAUGAAGAUGUAGUAACUGCAUUCCACCUCCCACCCCAAUAUCUGGUAUUGCUGUAAAACUCAAGGUCAGAUCCUAAACUGGAAUAUUUUUGUUGACUUCAAUGGAGCUAAACCAGUUUACUCCAGAUAAUGAUCUGGUCCUUAAUAUUUACAAGAGAGGCUG